CUAACAGCCAAUGCAUGGUAUCCGCCCGAAGAGGAAAAAACCCUUGGGCCAUCCCUCGUGACGUCGUCGUCCAUUCCUCAGCUGGCACGACCCUCGUGAACGGGGACUGACUGACUGACUGACACCAGGGCAAAAAGCCUUCUGCACUGCCAGCUCUCUUCAUCUCUUCAGCGUGUGUUUUGUUUUUGAUUUUGGACAAAAGGUACCCUAGGUAGCCUUUUCGUAUAUAUGGUCUGUCUGUACUGCCUACUACUACUCUCCCUGUCGUGUCUGGAGCGUCGUUUUUAACCGCCCCCCCCCCCCUGUCAUGUCCCUUAUUCGCGACUCUACCAUAGUCCAUACAGCAUAUCGUGGUACAAAUGACCGGGAUGGGGAUGCACCAGGAUCCCGGGAUCAGCGGUCGAAACGUGCCCUGCGGACCUCGUUAUCUUUUCCCUCAGUCUCGUCGGUCGUUCGCAAGUCGUUGAACUGGGCAGAGGAGACCGUGGACGCCUAUCGCAAUGGGCUCUCCAAGGAACAAAAAAAGGUGAAGGUAGAUGCGGAGAAUCGCAGGGAGGUGUUAUACUUUAAGAUGGAUAACGCCGUGUCAUUCGACGAAUGGCGCAAUUGUGCCUGCGAACUCGACGAGCUAGAAGGGAAUAACGAGUGGAAACGCACGUUUGAAUGCCUCGACUACCAGCCCGACCUGGUACGAGAACGGUUGCGCCAGCUGGAAGACGCUCGCCUUAGCUGCGAUGGGAGUCGGAUGCUGUUUUUGAUUCGCACUACAUUUAGCCGUGAUCUCGGGAACAUGAGCCAUGCAAACCUCUACCAACAUUCUCAUGUGGGCACCAAGGACAUGAUCGAUCGGUAUAUCACCGCUGCGCUAGACACGAUAUCCACACUGGUCAAUCUCUCGGGCCGAAGUCGUUGCGAUGCCUUGGAGAUGAAGUAUAUUCUGGAUCAGCUGUUGGCGGCGCGCCAGGCGUUUGGAAGAAGUGCGCUGCUCUUCUCCGGCGGUGCCACAUUUGGGAUGAACCAUAUUGGUGUCUUGAAGGUGCUUUGGGAGGCCAAGCUGCUGCCGCGCAUAAUCUCCGGUGCUUCUGCGGGUAGCAUCGUUUGCGCAGUCUUUUGCACUCGCACCGAUGAUGAAAUCCCUGCUCUUCUUGGCUCUUUUUCUCAUGGUGAUCUUGCAGUCUUCAAUGACCCGGGGAAGGAAGAGAAUAUUCUACAGAAGACUGCUCGUUUUUUGAAAUACGGCUCAUUUUUGGAUAUCUCCCAUCUUGCCAAGGUCAUGAGAGGCUGGCUCGGGGACAUCACAUUCCAGGAGGCCUACAAUCGGACGCGAAGGAUAUUAAACAUCGGGAUCUCCAGUGCGGGGAUUUACGAGCUUCCUCGACUUUUAAACUAUAUUACGGCCCCGAAUGUUCUCAUCUGGUCUGCCGUAGCCGUAUCUUGCUCGGUACCACUCGUCUUCACCCCUUCUACUCUCAUGGCAAAAGACCCUCUCACGGGGGAGGCGGUCCCAUGGAGUGACAUGCACCGGCAGUACAUCGACGGUUCCGUCGAUGGCGACCUACCCAUGACACAGCUGUCAGAGAUGUUCAACGUUAACCAUUUCAUUGUUUCACAAGUGAAUCCACAUGUGGUCCCUUUCUUACCUAAAGACGAUGGCCCCUCUCGAGAGACGAAGACCCGCGCGUCACUCACAUCAGGCUGGGUAGAGACUAUUACGCAUCUAGCUAAGGAUGAAAUGCUACAUCGCAUGACAGUGAUGUCGGAUCUGGGGAUCUUCCCGACCGCCUUCACCAAAGUCGUGUCGAUCAUCAACCAGAAAUAUGUUGGAGACAUUACCAUAUACCCGGAGAUUCCAUACGCCAACUUUCCGCUGAUGCUGAAGAAUCCGACGACAGACUUCAUGCUGAAGGCAUGCCUGAGCGGAGAGCGAGCCACAUGGCCCAAGUUAGGCCGCAUACGCAACCACUGUGCGAUUGAGUUGGCGCUCGAUUCAGCGAUCCAGACGAUGCGGGCACGGGUCGCGUUCAGCCCAAGCUCAAUCGACUUGCGGGCCCAUGACGCCCACACCCACUCGAUUGACUCCCUUGAUAGCAACGGUGGGAAGCAGGAGAGGAGGUUCCACCGGCGGCGGAGCUCGUACAGCCAGGAAAUCGAGCAGUCUAGGCACGCCGCAAGCCAUUGUGACCGCUGUCGCCCGGGGGACUCUCUUCGCAAGACACGUAGCACCCUGUGCCUCGACCACCGCGACUCCUAUCGCACUGCGAUGGGCGGUGACGGCGCCUUUGUGUCUGGGUCCGACAGCGACGAUGACAUCGGCGGUUUCUCUGCCGCCUGGGAAGUGUCCUCUGCAAGGUAUCACCCGAACCACCGUCGAUGGUCCUGGUCGUUGGCGAAACAAGUUCUGUCUCCCCCGAUGAAUCCUGUAUUGACUUCUCCAUUGAGCUCGAACAAUCCCCGGAACCCGGUUUCCAUUGCUACAGUUGCUGAAUGAUGGUAUAAACAAGAAACCAUUGUUCUAGAAGAAAUACCCUAGUCUAUGCUUUAUCUUAUUUAUACGAUAG